GUAAACUGUUGUAUAAUGCCUUUAUCUAACUUGUCAUUCAUUUCUUUCUACUUACAGAUCUUGGCCAACUAUACCCUUGUUGUGAAGCACCCUACCAACAUCCCAACAUCAGACUGGGUUGGACAUACAGAGAAGGUGCAGGUUGAGAGAAAGAAUGAGGAUGACUUGAUAAUGGUGGACAUCACCACGGGCAUGAGCGAGGCCACAGCGCUCACCCUGUCGUACGUCGAGCUGCCGCCAGCUGUUGAUUACAGCGUGCUGAUCGCUGCCAUCAUCCUCGGAUUUGUCUAUGUCCUCAUCACCUUUGAUCUGGUGCAUAGGACGAUAGCCGCCAUCAUUGGCGCCCUUGCCGCCCUGGCCGCACUUGCCAUGCUGAACGAGAGACCCACCCUGGAACACAUCAUGGGAUGGAUCGACUUUGAAACACUCUCACUCCUAUUUGGAAUGAUGAUACUGGUGGCAAUUUUCAUGGAGACAGGAUUCUUUGACUAUGUGGCAAUCAAGUGUUAUAAGUUGUCGCGAGGCCGGGUCUGGGUGCUCAUUUUCAUCCUGUGCCUGCUGGCUGGGGUGGUGUCGGCAUUCCUGGACAAUGUCACCACUAUUCUUCUCAUGGUGCCAGUCACUAUAAGGUUAUGUGAGGUCAUGAACCUUGACCCCAAGUAUGUCCUGAUUGCCAUUGUCAUGUUCUCCAAUAUCGGCGGGACCAGCACGGCUGUUGGGGAUCCUCCCAACGUUAUCAUCAUCUCCAAUGCUAGAUUCCAGGCUGAGGGAAUCGACUUUGCCACAUUCACGCUCCACUUGUUUCUGGGUAUCAUCCCUGUCUACAUUUUUGGUUUCAUCCUUCUCAGAAUCAUUUACAUGUGCAAACCACUCUUCAACAAGGAACACCCAGAAAUUGUUGAACUCAAACAUGAGAUCAAGAUUUGGAGACAGACUGCCCAGAGAGUGACUCCAGCAAGUCGUGAGGAGAACACAGUGAAGGCACUCCUCACACAGAAGGUCCUCACACUGGAGAACACACUCAAGAAGAAACUCUACAACCUCAAUAG